AUGGACAGCAAUUCCGCCCCGGCCGCGAUUCCCGCUCUCCUGGCGAGUCGCGACGAAGUGCUUGCGAGCGUGGCUCCCGCUGUGGGGAGGCGCGCUGCUGACGUGUGGCAGGGCGGGAAACUGUCCGACGUGUCGUUUCGCGAGGAAGGAUGGACCACGGGCGAGGCGAAAUGCUUAGGGUCGAAUCCAGGAGAAGCCUACACCCACGUUGUGGCGCUUCUCCUUCACGUGGCCCAACAUGCACUGCUAAAUGCUACCCCUCCGCCCGCCCUUCCCCCGCUUCCCCCUGUCGUCCCCCACCUCGUGCGCCAUGGCAGGUCAGCCAACGGAGUGUGUAAGCACGUGGUGGCGCUUCUGCUGGAGCGCUCAACUCAGCUGUCCUCCAUGCCACCCGUUUCAAGCACAAGGGUGCCAGCCAGCACAGCAGCCACGUCACUUCACGCUGCUGACACGUCAGCUCCUGCUGCUGACAUGUCAGCCCCUGGACGUGACACAUCAGCAAGUGCUCCUGUUAGCCCUCCCAGGCCUGUGGUUAGAGGUGCAACAAGGAAGAGGGGGAGGGUAUUACCUGCUUGGAUGCUGGUGGUAAAGGAUGGGGGGAAGGGGGAUGCGGGGGAGGAGAAGGGGGCGAAGGGGGACGAGGGGAAGGGGAAGGUUGAGAAGAAGGUUCGGGGAAAGAGGGAGAAAGGGAGUUUAGAUGGAGGGAAGAAAGCUGGGACGAAGAGAGGGGGUGAUGGGAAGAGAGCAGGGGGUGUGAAACGAGUUAGGAGGGUGAGGAGGAGAACGAUGGGGUUUAAGUUGGGGGAUGAAUUCAGUGAGGAGGAAGAGGAGGAGGAGGAGGUGGAGGGGGUGACAGAGGAGGAGGAAGAGGGGGAGGGUGGAGAGGAGGUGGAAAGGGAAGGGGAGGAGGGAGAGGCAGAGGAAGGUGGGGAAAGAAACAUGGGAGAUGGAAGGGAUUUGAUGGAUGGGGAGGAGGUGAGGAGAGGGGGAGAGGAGAGAGGGGGAAGAAAAGGAAGAGGCUGCGGGAGGGGGAACGAAGGAAGGGAGGAGGAUGCAGGGGUCAAAAUGGGGGCCAAGGGGGGUCGCAAGGUGGGGAAGGGCAGGAGCAGGAAAGGACAUGUAAGCGCAGGCUGUGAGGAGGUGGAGGAGGGGAAGGAAGAGGAGGAAAGGGGGGGUGGUGAUGUUUAUGGGGAGCGUUAUGAGCAUGGCCAUGACGUUGCUGACGUGGCAGCGGAUGCUGCUGACGUGGAUUUCACAGAUGAUGAUCUGUUGAUGCUAGCAGCACAGGAUGAACAACAGCCAAGCCACACGCCAAGCCAGGAGCCCAAGCAGCAGCCAAGCCAGCAGCAGCCAAGCCAGCAGCCAAGCCAGCAGGCAUUUUCAAGUCAGCACGACAGUGUGUUUUCCAGCAGACGAUGGAAGGCAGCAGGUGAAGAGGCAGAGCAUGGGCCCAGCCAUACCAUCAACAGCAGUGGCGUGAGCAGCAGGCAGGCUGCUGUGGGAAUAAUGGACUUCUUUGCCGGCCUCAAGGCGAGCCAGCAGAGCCAUAGACGCGUGGGCGAUGGUGCUGCUGAAUGA